AUGGUGUUUCAUGUCACUCCUUUUGGUCCUAGCUGUUGUGAGAUUCAGUAUACACAUCCGCACAUCAUCAAGGAAGAAGCCGACGCGGGUGAUGCUGAUGACAAUGAGAUUAGAGGAACAUGGGCAAUGUCUUAUUUCUCAUUCGACUACUGUUUUUUGGCUGAGGUCACUGCUUCAAAUCUAAAAGCAGAAAAACUUAAACAAUGCCAAGAGAUGAUACUAGUGAACAAAGAGGGAAAUUCAUGGACUGUGAGUUUGCGAUUUAGCGAAUCAAGCGGCAUGUAUUACAUCACAAGAGGCUGGGGAAAGUUCUGUCGUGAUAACAGAUGCAACAUAGGAGACUUAUUUGCGUUCAAUCUGGUUGGAGAUGGGAAAACUACUCCAUUGUUGUGUGUAUGUCCGGAAAGUAAAGAGUGUUCUGAACUACUGAGCAAACACUUGAGCAGAAAGCGUGGUGACAUUGCUUCUGGCUCACGGGUGAAUUAG